UGGGCGCGCGGCAGGGACAGGGCGGGGGGCGCGCGCGCUCUCUCGCUGGCUCGCCCGCCCGCCAUGUUCGCCGAGAUGAACCGCAGGACCUUGGCGUUCCGGGGGGGCGGCCUGCUCAGCGCCAAUGCCAACGCCUCUGCCUCCUCCGCCUCGACCGUCGCCCCGAUAGCCAACGGCACCCCGGACCCGGAGGAGGCCUGGGUCCGCCAGGAGGAGGAGGAGGAGGAAGUGGAGCUGGCCACGGUGGAGCUGGAGGCGUCCGAGCUGGGCGAGGCCAAGGAGGAGCAGCUCCUGCUGGGCCCCGCCGCGGUGGCCCCCAUGCUGGCCGAGAGGAACCGCCGGACCUUGGCCUUCCGCGGCGGAGGGGCCUCUUCCUCCUCCUCGGCCUUGGCGGCGAACAAUGGCUGCGAGGCGGGGGCGGCCUGGCCGCGGCGCCCGCUGAACGGCCGCGACGAGGAGCUGGAGCUCUUCCUGUCCGGGAAGGAGCUGGCGCAGGACGGGGGCUCGCUCAGCGACAGCAGCGACGACGACGAGGACGGCGAGGAGGGCGCCAGCCUGGGCGAGGGCAGCGGCGCCGAGGGGGGAAGCUGCAGCAGCAGCGGAGGAGGAGGAGGACGAGGAGGAGGGCGCGCCGACGGGGACGAGGCUGAGGCCGAAGCCGAGCCCGGCGACGCGCUGCCGGCCUUCCCGCUCCCCUCCCGCCCCCAGUCGCUCCUCCAGAAGCUGCACGUCUCCUUCCAGACCUCCUGGCUCAAGGAGUUCCCCUGGAUCCAGUACUGCCAGCAGACCGGCCUCGUCUCCUGCGCCUGGUGCGCCGCCGCCGCCUCUUCCACCGACAACGGCGGCAGCAGUAGUAACGGCAGCGGGGGCCACGACGAGCUGUGCAAGGGCACCCGCAGCUACCGACGCGCCCUGCUGCUCCGGCACCACCUCUCGGCCGAGCACCGCCUCAACGAGCCCGUCUCUGCGGAGCAGGAAUCCGAAAUUACAUCAGAAUUGAUUAAUGAAACAGAUUGCGAUUACAAUGUUAGGCCAAAUGAGAACUCUUACUGCUAUCAACUCUUGCAAGAAUUAAAUGAGCAGAGGAAAAAGGGCAUUCUCUGUGAUGUCAAUAUUGUGGUGAGUGGAAGAGUCUUUAGAGCUCAUAAAAACAUCCUGGUUGCAGGCAGCCGUUACUUCAAGACUUUAUAUUGCUUUACAAACAAAGAAAACCGUAACCAAACCACUGUUACCUACUUAGAUGUUGUUGCUGUUCAAGGCUUUUCUGUCAUCUUGGACUUUUUGUAUUCUGGUAACCUUGUGCUUACAAGCCAGAAUGCAAUUGAAGUGAUGUCAGUGGCCAGCUACCUUCAAAUGACAGAGGUUGUUCAAUCCUGUCGCAAUUUUAUCAAAGAUGCCUUAAAUAUAAGCAUAAAAUCAGAAGCACCGGAAGCUGUAGUUGUGGAUUACAACAGAAGGUCCAUUAGUAGGGAUCAGAAAGUAGCUAGUUUUUGGGCCACAAGAAAUCUUACUAACUUGGCAAGCAGCAUAAAAACUGAAAACGAUGGCUUCUCUAUUGAUGAGAAUCAGUCUGAAAACUACCAAAUGAACGAUUGGGUCCAGGAUAGCUCACCUGAAAUGGCUGAAAAUGAAUCUCAAGGAGAAGGGAAGGUCUUUGUAUGGAAUGAUAUGAGCUCACAGGGACAAUCACUUCAAGAACCGGGAAAAGCUAGAAGGAAAAACCAAGCUGCAAAAAGGUUUGUUUACAAUAUACCACCCAAUAAUGAAGAAACUUUAGACGACUGUUCAACUACACAGGCAUCAAUCCAGUACCCAGAAGACUUGCAGUUCAUAAAAGAAGAAGCAGGUUCCUCUAACGAUUUCAAGUUUGGAAUGUUUCCUGGUAUUUCAAGUGAUUUCAAGUUUGGAUUGCUACCAGGCACUUCAAAUGAUUUCAAGUAUGGCUUGUUACCUGAAUCCUGGCCCAAGGAAAACUGGGAAAAUGGUGACUCUUCUUUAAUCAUGAAUAAACUCAAGUGUCCACACUGUAACUAUGUAGCCAAAUACAGAAGAACACUAAAGAGACAUUUGCUCAUACAUACUGGAGUAAGAUCAUUCAGCUGUGACAUUUGUGGAAAGCUAUUUACUCGCAGAGAGCAUGUAAAAAGACAUUCCUUGGUUCACAAAAAAGAUAAAAAGUACAAAUGUAUGGUGUGUAAGAAGAUUUUCAUGUUAGCAGCCAGUGUUGGAAUAAGACAUGGAUCUCGACGUUACGGUGUUUGUGUUGACUGUGCAGAUAAAUCUCAACCAGGAGGGCAAGAAGGAGUAGACCAGGUACAGGACACAGAUUUUCCUAGAGAUGAAGAGUUUGAAGAAAAUGAAGUGGGCGAUGCUGAUGAAGAGCUGCCCGAUGAUGUGGAAGAACAGAAUGACCAGACUCGAUGGGAUGAAUCUGGGGAAGUCUGUGUGCCUUUGGAAGACUGAGGGGGCUUGGUUUAGAGAUGCUUUAUCUGGAAGUCAUAUAGACUGACCAUACUGAAUUUUUGACUGAAGGCUUGGAAAAUAUGGUACAGGCUGUAUGGAAGUUAUGUUGCUGUGAAAAUAGUAGAGUCAAAGCCUUAUAGCAAAAAAAGAAAAAAUGAUUAUUAAUUUUUUAAAAGAUAUUUGCACAGGACUGUAAAGCAUACAGCCAUUUGAAUUAUAGAGUCCUCACAUCUACAGUCAGUUAUCAAAAGAAAAUGUAUUUUUUAUUAUUUAUAGGAUAUAGCUAUUUGGGUUUUAAUCAAACAUGGUAAUAACUAUGUUUGUGUUAUACAUUCAUGUGUCCUUUAACAUGAAUGAAGCAAACUGCAAUCUUUGGAGAUGGCUCCCUUGAUUCCAAUCAUAGAACAAAUGUGGCUAAUUUGGGCUAGUGGCUCAUGUUUCUUGAAAGAGGAACUUGCCACACCUCCCUUGCCUUCCUCUCGAUGGUCCAGAUUUCUUGAUAAUAUGGAUCUAUAUCACUUAGCUGUAUCAGGAUGUGAUUUGGACAAGUAGUCCUGGAGAACUUAAUCAUUGAUAUUUAAUUUACUGACUAUCUUGGCUUCAGUAUCUUGAAUUUUCAAAAAGCUUACUUUUUCACCAAAUAUACAAUAAUGACUGAAAAACUGCAAGGAGGAUUGUGAUUGGAAUGAAAGAAAUUUUCUCCUUGUUACUUAACUUUAUAUUAGACACUUUUUGGCAUGGCUGCCCUUUUAAUUUAUGUUUUGUUAGCACUAUUCGUAUUGGCUAUCAUUUUUAUUCACUACUGUAUACCUCAGUCCAUCACAAAGCUUAGAGUCAUAGAAUCUGAGGAAGGGUACAAUAGAAACAAAUGUAAUUGGCUUCUUCUGGUUUAAAAUCGUUCAACCCAAUUUGUCUGCUUUUGUCUAGUUUUAUUAUUUGGAAAAUUAGACAUGAGGCUGUCUUUUGUGCCCCAUUGCUCUUCAUUAAAGAAACACAAAAUGAACCUUUGCUUCUCUCCUAUUUUGGGGGUUCUUUUAUAUACCAAACGAACUACAUUUAACUUGGCAGCUUAAGUUGCUGGAACUUUUUUUAAUGUUAGUAUAACUGCUAGAGCUAUUUAUCCCCAAUGCUCUUUGCUUCUGUUUUUGGAUGAGAUGUUGAAACUUGAAUUUUUGUAGCCAUAAAUCUUUUCUAAACUUGUUAUAUUGUACCAAUGAUUUCAGGCCUUUUUUCUGAGGGAAGGGAGGGGAUUGCACCUUUUUAUGCUUAGGAUUCUCAGCUUCAUCUAGCCUGAAUGCAAGUGAGCUACCUGAAUUUUAGACACUGCAUUCACUAUAUUACUAUGUCACAAUGAAUAAAUAUGCACAGCAUUUACCAUAACACAUAGCUAGGCCAGUGUGAUAGUACUGUAUUAUAAGUUAAGGGGUCACCAUAUUUGAGUUUGUUAACUUUAAAAUGAGUAUAUUUUCCUAUUUUAUAUCUGAGAACUAAAUUAUGGUAGUUGUGUGGUAAACUUAAUUGCUUUGACAGAUAGAAUCUAAAUGGUGCUCCAUCUGAUCAAAGUUGAUAUAUAUAUAAAUAUAUUUAAAGAGACAGCUUUAUUAUCCCUUAUUUCAGUAAAACAAUGAAUUGAUGUUAGACACUGUUUCUGCAGAGUAAAAGAGCAGUUGCAUAAUAUGGGUAUAAAAUUGUAUAACCUUUUCUAUCCAAAUCCUUCAUUGGUAGAUUCCACAUCACUGUAAACCUGACAGAUGGAUAGUUCUUGGGUUUUGUUUUUUAAAAAACUGAAUACAUCUUAUUCUCGUUCUAGACUGAAAUGAGUAAUGUGUAAUUCUGGUGGGUCCAAAGUAGAAAAUAGUGGGCAAAGAUAAUAUGAAUGGGAAGUAUUUUAAACGUUAAGUAAAUGUUCUGCUCUGUGAAUAUGUAAGUUAUAGUAUGAAGAUUCUUCCAUCCCAUUUAUUCCCCUUAAAAUAGUUUACAAUUGGUAGAUCUACGUGCAUAUAUAUACCUAUAUAUAUGUGUGUCCGGAAUCCACCUAAAUCUGCUUUAUUAGAAUAUACUACUCAUUUAAUGCUUAAACUGGACCUGGCUUUACAUUCUUAAUGUAUUUUACUUAUUCUCUUGAAACCGAAUCUCCUUUUGCUACUUAAAUCAUUUAUGUAUAUCUGGUAAAUUAUGACCAAAUUUGUUGUUAGAUUGCAUACAGUAAAUUGAAAUAUACACUUGGUACACUACAGAA